CCCAGAGGCAAGUGCUCACUAGCGCCACGGAUACGAUCUAGGCAUUGACGCUGAUUUUUCAGAAGCUUAAUAUUUUACUUAAAUGUACCUACUCUAAUCAAACUGUAGAGUGUAAAACAAUAAAUGGUUCUCGUGCAAAAAUCAUUAUGAUUGCUCUAUUUGUUAAUUAGUGUCUGUGUUAAUAAAGGACUGAAUUGUAAACAUCAAUGUGUAAACAUGAGUUUUUCAAUAGAUGAAGUGAAUUUUCUCGUGUACCGAUACUUACAGGAAUCUGGUUUUCAUCAUUCGGCGUAUACAUUUGGUAUAGAGUCUCACAUUUCUCAAAGUAACAUAAACGGAGCUCUGGUACCACCAGCCGCUUUAUUGAAUAUAUUGCAAAAAGGUCUUCAAUACACUGAGGCCGAAAUAACUAUUGGAGAAGACGGCACAGAAACUCGUCUCACAGAAAGCCUUAGUUUAAUUGAUGCGGUCACGCCUGAUAUUGUUGCUGCUCGACAAAAUGCUCACAAUGCACAAAAACAAGCUAAUAAAGAACCAGGCUCGGGAGGGGAACAAAAUGGUGUUGAUGCGAUCAAUCUCCAGGGAACUACAUGUACUGCAGCUACAACAACAGGUGGGGCUGCUACUCCAAGUGCUCCCGAGAAUAUGGAUGUAGAUCAGUCAAUUGAAAUACCUGCUAGUAAAGCAACAGUGCUUAGAGGACAUGAAUCCGAAGUAUUUAUAUGUGCAUGGAAUCCCAGCACAGAUCUUUUGGCUAGUGGUUCAGGAGACAGUACAGCUAGGAUAUGGGACAUGUCAGAUAAUCCUGCCACUACUCCUAACCAGCUGGUUUUAAGGCAUUGUAUUCAAAAAGGAGGUGCUGAAGUGCCCAGUAACAAGGAUGUAACAUCAUUGGACUGGAAUUGUGAUGGUAAUCUUUUAGCAACUGGAUCAUACGAUGGUUAUGCUCGCAUUUGGACAACAGAUGGCACAUUAGCUUCCACUCUAGGUCAACAUAAGGGCCCAAUUUUUGCUCUCAAAUGGAACAAACGUGGAAAUUAUAUUUUGAGUGCUGGGGUUGACAAGACAACAAUCAUAUGGGACGCAGCAUCAGGGCAAUGUACACAGCAGUUUUCUUUCCAUGCUGCACCAGCACUGGAUGUUGAUUGGCAAACAAAUACUGCAUUUGCAUCAUGCUCUACAGAUCAAUGUAUUCAUGUCUGCAGACUUCAUGUAGAUAAACCUAUAAAGAGCUUCCAAGGCCACACAAAUGAAGUAAAUGCCAUUAAAUGGGACCCACAAGGACAAUUACUUGCUUCUUGUUCAGAUGAUAUGACCCUUAAAAUAUGGUCAAUGAAACAAGACACAUGUGUACAUGAUUUGAAAGCUCACUCUAAGGAAAUAUAUACUAUAAAGUGGUCUCCAACUGGACCAGGUACACAAAAUCCAAACAUGAAUUUAAUACUUGCUAGUGCAUCUUUUGAUUCAACUGUACGCUUAUGGGAUGUUGAAAGAGGAGUUUGUAUUCACACACUUACAAAACACACAGAGCCUGUCUACAGUGUUGCAUUUUCUCCCGAUGGAAAGUUUUUAGCCAGUGGCUCAUUUGACAAGUGUGUACACAUAUGGUCAACUCAAACAGGAGGCUUAGUUCAUUCUUAUAAAGGAACAGGAGGAAUUUUCGAGGUGUGUUGGAAUUCUAGGGGAACUAAAGUAGGAGCAAGUGCUAGUGAUGGAAGUGUAUUUGUCUUAGAUUUACGCAAGUUAUAAAAUAUAUGUAAUUUUAUUUCUUAUAACAAUCAUAGUGACAAAACAACUGAUAAUGUACUAUUUGUCAUUAACUUUUAUUUAAUAAAAAUUGUUUCUAGAUGAAAUAAUUUUUAAUAGCAAUAUAAUAAACUAUGGGAAAUG